AUUUUCAAAUCUCGCGGAUAACGAGACGCAAUGGCAGCCCCCAUGAAAUCUCAAUAUGUGGCAGUUAUUGCAGUUUUCGUUGCUUUAUUCGGUUUGGCAGGCUCUCAUUUGGGCAAAGCAUACUCAAAAGAUGAUAUUCUUAAAUACAGAGAGAAGGUAGAAAAAAUGUUUCACCAUGCAUAUGAUGGAUACAUAAAAUAUGCUUAUCCUUAUGAUGAACUUCGACCUUUGACUUGUGAUGGGCAUGACACUUGGGGAAGUUAUUCCUUGACACUGAUAGAUGCUUUAGAUACUCUAGCCAUCAUGGGAAACUACACUGAGUUCCGACGAGUUGCCAAGCUAGUAUCCAACAUGAUUAACUUUGACAUAGACAUCAAUGCUUCAGUAUUUGAAACUAAUAUCAGAAUUUUAGGUGGAUUACUGUCCGCUCAUUUAUUGUACAAGAAAACAGGAAUGGAGUUAGAACCAGGAUGGCCAUGUUCAGGACCUUUGUUGAGGUUAGCUGAAGAUGUAGCAAGGAGAAUUCUUCCUGCUUUUGAUACACAGACUGGCAUGCCUUAUGGAACAGUAAACCUAAGACAUGGUGUACCUAAAGGGGAGACAACUGUAACAUGUACUGCUGGUGUUGGUACAUUUCUAAUUGAAUUUGGAACACUUAGUCGACUCACAGGAGAUCCUGUUUUUGAAAAAGUUGCCAUGAGAGCACUUAGAGCUCUUUGGAAUACUCGCUCUCCAAUUGGAAUGGUAGGAAACCAUGUGGAUGUAAAGACAGGAAAAUGGACUGCUGUUGAUUUUGGUAUUGGUGGUGGAAUAGAUUCAUACUUUGAGUAUUUGGUUAAAGGAGGCAUUAUGUUUAACAUUCCUGAACUCGUAGAUAUGUUUCAUGAAUACCAUGCAGCUGUAAAGAAAUAUCUGAAGAGAGAUGACUGGUAUAUGUGGGCAAACAUGAACAAAGGGGGAAUAACUCUACCUAUGUUUACAUCUCUAGAUGCAUAUUGGCCUGGAAUUCUGAGUAUGCUUGGUGAAAAUGAUCAAGCAAUGAAGACAUUACAUAAUUUCCAUCAGGUCUGGAAACAGUAUGGAUUUACUCCAGAAUAUUAUAAUAUUCCUAAAAAUGAGGCUCACAAAGGGAGAGAAGGAUAUCCUCUCAGACCAGAGUUGAUAGAAAGUGUGAUGUACCUGUAUAGAGCGACAAAGGAUCCCUUUCUACUGGAUAUAGGUGUAGAUAUUAUAGAGGCUAUAGAACAAUCAACUAAAACUAAGUGUGGAUAUGCUACAGUUAAAGAUGUCAAUAAUCACCUACUUGAGAACAGGAUGGAGAGUUUUUUCCUGGCAGAGACAACAAAAUAUUUGUAUCUUCUCUUUGACCCAGAUAAUUUCAUUCACAAUAACGGUAGUUCAGGGACAGUUAUACAGACCCCUAAUGGAGAAUGUGUAAUUGAUGCAGGAGGAUAUUUUUUUAACACAGAAGCUCAUCCAAUGGAUUCUGCAGCUGUGUAUUGUUGUAGUGCUGCUAAAAAAGAAGAUGAUGCAAUACUUCAGGAAAUGCAUGAUAACUUAGAUCUUUUGUCGUUGUUGGAUAUUCUCGAUUCAACAGAAACAAUAAUUGGAGAAAAGUUAAUUUUAAAGCAAAAGAAGGAAGAAAAAAGUCAAAAAUUAAAAGGAGAAACAGGAACUAUUGAUGAGUAUGGGAAAUUAGUCGAAAAAAAUGAAAAUAUAGUCGAAAAUAAGAAUAUAGAAAAUGAAAAGAUAGAAGAUGGAAAAGAUGAAAGUAUUUAUAUGAAAAAUGAUAAUGAGAAAAAAGAAAAUGGUGAGGAAAGAAAUGUAAAUGAUGAAAAAUUUUCAAAGAGUGAAAAUAAUAUGGAUGUUAAAAAAGAUGGUUUAGACAAUAAAAAAGAAAGUUUAGACCGUGUUACAUUGGAUAAUGUUAGAAGCACAAAUAGUUCAAUUCAAGUGAACAUUGAUCUAAAAAAUCCAGAAUUAACUAAAAGUGAAAAAUUAGAAUCAAAACAUUCACGAAGUGAAAGUACUGACAAUCAGUCUAAAAAUAGUAACACUGCAAUUAAAGAAUUAACAAUAUUACCAAAACAGGUAAAACAGACAUCUCAAACAAAUUUGAAUUCAUUAGUGCAGCUUUUAAGUUUAUUGUCAGGUAAAGAAAUAACAGCAGAUAAAAAAGACACUGAGUGGAUACCAGACGUGAAUCACUUAUACCAAGUAAUGCAAAUGUAUUCUAAUAUUUAUAAAGUCAAACCUGAACUUAUGAUGUGUAAUGCUCAACCGUUUCACAUGAGAUGGUCUGUAAAUGGGGAGAUGUUCGAGGAAGAUUAAAUCUGUUGCAAUAAAUUUUAUACGAGUUUUGAAAUUUUAAUGCAACCUAAGACGUUUUUUUAUGUUUCGUUAAUGAAGAAAAAGUUGUUUUUUUUUAUUAUUAUUCAAAGCAACUAUCAUGGUGUGGUUCUAAAUGUAACAGUGUCCUGUAAACUUGCCAAAACAGUCUAAAUAGAAAACGAAAUAGUUGAUAACAUUGAAUAUUUAUUUAAGGUAUAAAGAGAAACUUACAGAAAAUUAUUUUCUUAUUGGAUUGAAAAGUUGUCUCUAACUGCAUGAAUAAACAUAGAGCACACAUAUUCAUUUUAUAAUCAUGAUAAUCUACAAGGAGUACACUUUCUAGGUAAAUAUUUGUUGGAAAACACUAGUCCAAUUUGUUGUUUCUGUCCAUUAUCCAGAAAGUAUGAUGUUUAAGACAUGUUCUGUUGUUUGAUCUUUGUAACAUAAGGCUUUAAUUCGGAGUUGUAAAGCAUUUGAAAGAUAUAUAUAACUCAGAAUGAGAUGUAUAUAAAGUACACCCAUUUUAAGUCAAAUUGGGUUAUUUUUUUUUAAGAUGGUUUCAAGACAGAUCCAUUUUAACAUCCAUCUGUAUCCUUUUCUUUGAAAUUACACUUGAUGGAUUUCUUUGACAUUUAAUUUUAAAUAGAAUGUAGUCAAUAAGACAAGAAUUCAGAUAAAUAAAUUCAGUCUAAAAAACUGAAAAAUUAUUGCUACAACAAUUUAAAUAAAAGAAGAUGUCAAAUGUAAUUCUGAAAAUCCUGUCUUUUCCAUAACACACUUCACAAUUGAAGAGCUAAUUUCCUAUGGAGCAAACAUUCCAGUGACUUUAUCCAUAUACAUGAUAUAAUGCUAUGCUCAAUGUCGUCUCUAUUAAGUUAUGUUGAAAUAUUGUACAUGUUGUAUAUUUAUAUUUUUGUUUUUGUUGAUUUAUUUUUAUAAAUUAAAGUUUAUACUUUACAUA